AUGACUAUCGCAAGACCCCGUAUCUUGUUCUUUAAUCCCGUUCGCCAUGCCCGACAAGCAUACGAGGCACUACAAAGUGUAGCUUCAACCGAAGUGGUUACAAGUACCUCGCGCCAGGAAUUCUUCUUCGAUAUCAAAAAGAAGUAUAGCAACAUUCAAGCUAUCUAUCGAACAUCUGCAAGCGGAGCGGUCGCCGGGAACUUUGACAAAGAAUUUAUCGAUCGUCUACCCCCCUCAUUGAAAUUCAUCUGCCACAACGGAGCCGGCUAUGACCAGAUCGACGUGGACGCCUGCGCCGCUCGCAAUAUCGUUGUCACAUAUGCUCCGGAACAGGUCACAAACGCUACAGCGGACCUCACUCUCUUCCUCCUGCUCGGUGCUUUACGUCAAUUGAACCCAUCCUUCAACAAUUUGCGGCAAGGGCAGUUCAAGAAGGGAGUUGACUUUGGUCAUGAUCCCCAGGGUAAGACGCUAGGCAUUCUUGGUAUGGGAAGAAUUGGUCGCGCCGUCAAGCUCAGAGCGGAGCCUUUUGGCCUCAAAGUCAUAUACCAUAAUCGGAACCCGCUGCCGGAGGAUUUAGCCUUAGGCUGCCCCUACGUUUCCUUUGAUCAACUACUUGCGGAGAGCGACAUUAUUUCAAUCCACACACCGCUGUCUGCGGCGACAAGACAUCUCAUCGGCCGGGCAGAGAUUGAGAAGAUGAAGCCAGGAGUCGUCAUUGUAAACACUGCCCGCGGCGCAAUUAUAGACGAAGCGGCCAUGGCAAAGGCAUUGGAUGACGGACACAUUGCGGCCGUAGGAUUGGAUGUGUACGAAAAGGAGCCUUUGAUUGACGAACGACUGAUCAAGAAUGAACGGGCGUUGCUGGUGCCUCAUUUGGGGACACAUACGGUAGAAACGUUGGCAAAUAUGGAGGCUCAUGCAAUGGAGAAUGCCAGAAGGGCUGUGUGUGGCGAGGAACUCCUGAGCAUAGUUCCAGAACAUCUACCUCGCGCUAAGUAG